GGGCUCACCCCGGAAGGACCGGUGUCUAGGUCACCCGGGACAGCUCACCCCACCGGCACCCGUGCCCAAGCCCGCCCCUGCAAAGGCAGGCAAGGCCAGGCGGGUGCUGCGUGGGACCCAGUGACUCAGCACCCCCGCCCAGACCAACUGGACUUUUGCCCCCUGCUCCGCCAGCCUCCUGCUUGGAUCUCUCCUGGGCCUCCCUGCUGCGCCUGUCCAGGAUGCAGGGAGCUUGGGCUCCCAGGGACCAGGGCCAGUCCCCCGGCAGGAUGAGCACUCUAGGCCGGUCCUCGGUCAUCCUGCUCACCUACAUGCUGGCCGCCAUAGAACUUACCUGCCUCUUCAUGCAGUUCUCCGUCAUGCCAUACCUGUCUCGGGAACUGGGCCUGGAUUCCAUUGCCUUCGGCUACCUGCAAACCACCUUCGGAGUGCUGCAGCUGCUGGGCGGGCCGGUGUUUGGCAGGUUCGCAGACCAGCGCGGAGCGCGAGCGGCGCUCACGCUCUCCUUCCUGGCUGCCUUGGCGCUCUACCUGCUCCUGACGGCCGCCUCCAGCCCGGCCCUGCCCGGGGUCUACCUGCUCUUCGCCUCGCGCCUGCCCGGAGCGCUCAUGCACACGCUGCCAGCCGCCCAGAUGGUCAUCACGGACCUGUCGGCACCCGAGGAGCGGCCCGCGGCCCUGGGCCGGCUGGGCCUCUGCUUCGGCGUCGGAGUCAUCCUCGGCUCCCUGCUGGGCGGGACCCUGGUCUCCACGUACGGGAUUCAGUGCCCGGCCAUCCUGGCUGCCCUGGCCACCCUCCUGGGCGCUGUCCUCAGCUUCACCUGCAUCCCCGCCAGCACCAAAGGGGCCAAAACUGACUCCCAGACUCCACUGCCAGGCGGCCCCCGGGCCAGUGUGUUUGACCUGAAGGCCAUCGCCUCCCUGCUGCGGCUGCCAGAUGUCCCGAGGAUCUUCCUGAUCAAGGUGGCCUCCAACUUCCCCACAGGGCUCUUCAUGGUCAUGUUCUCCAUCAUCUCCAUGGACUUCUUCCAGCUGGAGGCCGCCCAAGCUGGCUACCUCAUGUCCUUCUUCGGGCUCCUCCAGAUGGUGACCCAGGGCCUGGUCAUUGGGCAGCUGAGCAGCCACUUCUCGGAGGAGGCGCUGCUCCGGGCCAGCGUGCUGGUCUUCAUCGUGGUGGGCCUGGCCAUGGCCUGGAUGUCCAGCGUCUUCCACUUCUGCCUCCUGGUGCCCGGCCUGGUGUUCAGCCUCUGCACCCUCAACGUGGUCACCGACAGCAUGCUGACCAAGGCUGUCUCCACCUCGGACACAGGGACCAUGCUGGGCCUCUGCGCCUCUGUACAACCACUGCUCCGAACUCUGGGACCCACGGUCGGUGGCCUCCUCUACCGCAGCUUUGGCGUCCCCGUCUUCGGCCACGUGCAGGUUGCUAUCAAUGCCCUUGUCCUCCUGGUCCUCUGGAGGACACCUAUGCCCCAGAGGAAGGACAAAGUCCGGUGACCGCUGCCCAGACACAGACUGGCAAUAAACUCCUACUAAAUCCCU